AUGGCAGCUACCAACGCCAACUACUCGGUUGCAGUGGAUACUUUGAAGCAACGUUAUGGGUCAACUGACACUUUAAUAGACGCACAUUAUACAGCACUCAACCAACUUCAAAAGGCAGACCAUACUAGUACCAGCUGCCGGAGUGUUCUGGAUAGUGUUGAGCGAAAUCUCAGGGUGUUGGAGAAGCUCGGGGAACCAGUUGGAGGCAACCAUUUAAGAGCGCUGGUAUUAUCAAAGUUCCCAGAAAGGGUGAUCCAUGAGCACCACCUCAUAGGUGAAGGUACUGACUUGAAGGCCAUCAGAAAUAAUUUAGACCGCAUAAUCACGGCAAUGGAGAAGUCAGCAGCUACAGUAGUACCAACUCCAGAGACCAUUGCCGUGCCUGGUAGUAGCACAACUGAGGCACUGCAAGUCCGUACAGAGGAAGACCUGCUACUCAUAUUCACCUUCGGAGCUUCUGAACCUCGGGAGACAUCGACCCCCUCAACAACAGUCAACAUCCUGACGAAACGCAAUGUCACCAAGCAGUUUACGGUGAACGUCGUACCAAGAAUCACAGACAGAGUUCCGGUGACAUCCUUCAAGUAUCCUGGAGUCGAUAUUGUUGCUGAUGAUGAGACAGUUGGAGAGGUUGUAGAUGUACUCAUCGGAAAUGAUUUCUUUGGCGCUAUCCUCAGAGAAAGAAAGAUCCAGGUGUCGGAAGAUUUUUGGUUAUUGGAUACUGAUUUUGGAUGGGUGCCUACAGGGAAGCUUACAUCUGAAGAAAGAAGUGAGGCCCUCUCAGUGGUCACAUAUUGUCAGUGUCACACUCCUAGCUGUCCGUAUUUCAGUGAGCCAGAUCUGCCUUUAAGAAACAUAGAUGUAAGGUUCUUAUGGUCAUUAGAGAACCUAGGGAUCACAGACUCACCAAAGGCUACGAGACAAGAAGAAGCAGUUCGUCACUUCAAUGAGACUGUGCAAUAUCAGGAAGGCCGGUACUUAGUAAAAUGGCCCUGGAUUGAGUACCCACCAGAAUUGCCAUCAAAUUUUGGAUUGGCCUUAGGUCGAUUGAAGAGUAACGUGAAGAGACUGGACUUGCAGUUAAUUAAGGAGUACGACUCGAUCUUGAGGGAACAACUGGAUCUAGGAAUUAUAGAAGUCGUUACGAGAGGGUCAGAAUUGAACGGAGACCACCCAAUUCACUACCUCGCCCACCAUAUCGUGAAACAAGAUGGCGCCAAGGGGAGGAUAGUAUACGACGCUAGUGCCAAAAGUACUGGACAGAAAAGCCUCAAUGAGUGCCUUUACAGCGGACCUUCUAUGUUAGAAGACCUAACUGCAUUACUUUUGAAGUUCCGAACAAAGAAGUAUGGCAUACUGGCUGAUGUAGAGAAGGCGUUCCUACAAGUAGCACUUCAAGAGGAUGAUCGCGAUGUCACAAGGUUCCUCUGGUUAAAGGACACGACCAAGGAAGUGACGGAGGAUAACCUACUGUAUCUGAGGUUCUGCAGAGUACCUUUUGGAGUUGUUGCUAGUCCAUUCUUACUGACAGCAACGAUCCGACACUACAUAAGCCAGUCAAACAAGGCCUUGCUGAAACAAGUCGCUGACAAGUGCUAUGUGGAUAACCUAGUGACUGGAGCCGAUACCUUGCAGGAGGCUAAGCAGAUCUAUGACCAAGCAAGAACGGUGUUUGAACAACUGUCUAUGAAUAUGAGGGACUGGAUAUCAAACAAUCAGAGCUUCAUGGAUAUGAUACCAGAACAUCAUAGGUCAGUCAAACAUGGACUGGUCAAAGUGCUUGGACUUAUGUGGAAUGUCGAAGAAGAUACGCUGAAACUGAAUUUGACUGAGGACCACUUCAGCACAGAUCCUCCGAUAAACACAAAGAGAAAAGUUCUUCGGGCUCUAGCACGUGUGUAUGACCCCUGUGGCUUUGUAUGCCCACUCAUGUUGUCAAUGAAGCUGAUCUUCCAGGAUAUCUGUGAAAAGAAAUGUAAAUGGGAUACAGAACUACCUAUGGAGUUGACACAGUCUGUGAAAAUUGUCAUGGAAGGUCUGAAAUCCAUAGUGGACACAGAGGUGCCUAGGUACCUUGGUACAGAUGUCUCAAGGAGUGACCUUAAGUACCACUUGCACUGUUUCACAGAUGCUUCCAAAGACGCUUAUGCUGCCGUUAUCUACCUUAAAGUGAUUGAAGACGGACAAGGAAAAUCAGUCUCUCUGUUGAUGGCAAAAUCGCACGUGUCACAGACCAAAGACAAAGACGAAUUAAAAAUUCCUAAAUUGGAACUACUAGGAUUUCUGAUAGGAAGCAGACUCCUGAAAUACGUAAGGAACCAACUUGAUCUUGAUAUUGAGAAAGAAUAUUUGUGGUCAGAUAGUUUGGUUGUACUUAGUUGGAUGAGGUCAAACAAACUGCUUCCACCCUUUGUCGCCAACAGAGUGAACGAAAUCAAGCGUGACCACCCUAACACAGAGAUGUUCUACGUUCACACAAAAGCAAAUCCUGCUGAUAUUGCUACGCGUCCAGAACUGUUUGAAGAGAAAAGGCAACUUUGGUUUAACGGACCAGAGUUUCUCGUUAAUAAAGAAUCCUGCUGGCCCCAAAAUAGACUCUACGAGGCACAUCAGAACCUUCUGUCUGUUGGGGAGGUCCUGGGUGACAACCCAGGUGAGCUGACACACGAAGUAUCCAUUGGUGAGGUUGCAGACCAGAGUAAGACCCCCGAGCAAGGAAGUCCCAGUGAUCCCGUUGAACCAAUGGAAACCCAGGAUUCGAGCAUACCUACAGAGAGUGGUGAAUAUCCUACUGAUGGAAGCAUGGAACUCGACAAUCCUGCCGAUGAAGGAGGUAUCCAGCAGCAGACCAUUGUGGCCAAAAUAGUGUCCGAGAUAAAAGAUCUACAAAGGAAGCACUUCCAAGAAGAACUAAAUGGCAAAAGAACACAUUUAGCACGAAACUUAGAUCUCUUUGUUGAUGUAGACGGCUUUCUUAGGUGCCGUGGGCGUAUGGCGAACACCACCUGGAGCUAUGACAUGAAGUAUCCGAUACUACUACCAAAAAAUUCCGAGUUCACUGACAGAAUCAUAAAGGAGACGCAUGAGAGUAACUACCACGUCGGUGCUCCACACACACUGAGUAACAUCAGGGAACGGUAUUGGAUACCCCAAGGGAAAGCCCAGGUAAUGAAGGUGUUAAAGCGAUGUACCCAGUGUGUAAAACACGGCGGCGGUCCGUAUCGUUUACCAGCCACACCGGCGCUGCCUCCAGAACGAGUAAAUUAUAGCAGACCCUUCACUUUCACUGGUGUUGACUAUCUGGGACCGCUAUUUGUGAGUACCCAGACUGGUAAAGAGAAACGAUGGGUAGCCUUAUUCACGUGUUUGACAGUAAGAGCGAUACAUCUUGAAAUCGUGAAGGACCUUUCGGCAGAAGAAUGUCUCCUAGCCUUGCGACGAUUUAUAGCUGCUAGAAACAAGCCACAACGAAUGUACUCGGAUAAUGCGACUUGUUUUAAGUUAGUCGCUGAAAUGGUACAACAGCCAUACUGCAUUAAGAAUGACAUCCAGUGGAAAUUCAUAUGUCAACUAGCACCGUGGCAUGGAGGGUUUUACGAGCGGCUAGUGGCCUUGGUGAAGCAUUGCCUUAAAAGAACCCUAGAAAAACACCUUCUCAAUGAUACCAGACUACUGACAGUGAUAAAGGAAGUGGAAACAGUACUGAAUUCAAGACCACUGGCAAGAGUUGGUACAGAAGUGGAACAUGUCCUCUGCCCGGCAGAUUUCAUAAGCCUAGGACAAUGUUUGACCAUGAGACCAUCUGCCGUGGAUAUUCCGACUUGUAACACUGCUACGAAGAGCGACCUGUUUGAGAGCUGGAAGAGAGGAUGCAAUAUCCUAGAAGAAUUUAAGAGGAUGUUCGUCAAGCAGUAUCUUGCUAGCCUGAGAGAAAGGUACAACAACUCUCCCAAGCAGCCUAGAGUUAAAUCUCAUCGAUCACCACAAGUAGGCGACCUUGUACAGGUUAAAUCGGACCUCAAGAACAGAAACCUCUGGAAAGUGGGGAAGAUCCACGAGCUGAUCAGGGGAAGUGAUGGUGAAUGUAGAGUAGCGAGGGUCAAGGUUGACGAUUCUUCCUUGACACGUUCCAUUGGCCAUCUCUACCCGCUGGAGGUAGAUGACGAGACGCCUGUGGUAGAACCGGUAGCGGCAGACUCGACUGAGAUGCAAGAGGACAGCGGGGAGUUGGAGGCUCCAAACAGUUCAAAUCCUCAUACACCUGCACUUGAUGAACGGCCGGAUGUCGACGUGGAUACUCUGGCUGGAUGUGACAUGACCCGUAACAAUGAAGUCCCACCACCAGAGGAGCAGCCAGAAGAAAGAGGCGUUGGCAGAAUCAAGCGGAUCGCAGCCAUUCGCGCCAGGGAUAAAAUCCUGGAGUGGACGCGACACCUGCUUGCCUUGCUACAGUAA